AUAGUGCAAAAUGAAUCCUUUACCUCUAUUUUUAAUAUUAGCUGUAGUAACAGCCAUCACGACAGAGGACUCACCAGAUAUCAUCCCAAUUCCUGAUGGAUUAAGCGGAAAAGGGAUUACCACCAGAUACUGGGACUGCUGCAAACCAUCAUGUGCGUGGGUAGACAAUAUUGAUACACCAGAUCAAAAACCUGUCAACUCCUGCAAACUAGAUGGCGAAACUGUAGCUCCCAUUACAGAUUACUCUGGAUGUGGUGAAAAUGGUACUGCUUUUACAUGCAACAACAACCAACCAUUUUUAAUUAACUCCACUUUAUCAUAUGGGUUUGCUGCUGCUUCUUUUACAGGUGGUCUGGAUUAUAGUAUGUGCUGUUCCUGCAUGCUACUUAAUUUUGAAGGACAACUCAAAGGAAAGCAAUUCUUGGUUCAAGUAACUAAUUCUGGUGAGACUUUGUAUGAAAACCAAUUUGAUCUCGAUAUUCCUGGAGCAACAACCAUCAAGAGUGAAGUCUCUCCAGAUAUCAUCAAAGUUCCCAAUGGUUUAAGCGGAAAAGGAAUUACCACUAGAUACUGGGAUUGCUGCAAACCGUCAUGUGCUUGGGUAGACAAUAUCGACACGCCCGAUAAGAAACCUAUUAAGUCGUGUAAAAGUGAUGGAGAAACUGUGACUUCAGCUAAUGAUGCCUCUGGAUGUGAUAAAGGUAGUGCUUUUACAUGUAACAACAACCAACCGUUUAUUAUUAACUCCACUUUAUCUUAUGGUUUUGCUUCCGCUUCCUUUACCGGAGGUAUUGACUAUAGCAUGUGUUGUUCUUGCAUGUUACUUAAUUUUGAAGGUCAGCUGAAAGGAAAGCAAUUUUUGGUUCAAGUCACUAAUUCUGGUGUAGAAUAUCAGACGAACCAAUUUGAUCUCGGUAUCCCUGGAGGUGGAGUAGGUUUAUUCCCUCAAGGUUGUACGGCUCAGUGGAACGCUCCAAGUACAGGUUGGGGUGACCUAUACGGAGGAGUUCAUAGUGAAGAGGAGUGUAACGAACUUCCCCAAGUUUUACAGUCAGGAUGCAAGUGGAGGUUUACAUUUAUGGAAGGCGUUUCUAACCCCGAGGUGACAUUUACCCAAGUACAAUGUCCAAAGGAACUUGUUGAAAGAAGUGGUUGUGUACUAUAAAUAGAAUUAGAUAGAUACAAUAAAAACUAUAAAAAUAAUUG